CUCUUCCCUUGUCCCUCAGUAGAGGUCGUACCUUGUUUGUCUCCCGAAAAAUACUUAUAGAUCAAUCAGCCCGUAGAGGAUUAUCCCCAGUCAUUAUAUCUCAUCUUCCUUUACCAGCCAGCAGGUAAUAGGUGAGGCCCAACGAUACUGAUAGUAUUAUAUCUUUCAGUAUUCUUCUAAUAUAGCCCCCGCCCCGAAACCCUGUUUGUCGGUUUCAUAUAUCACAAUAGUUUCUUAUCCAUCUAUCUUGUUCUUCACCCAGUCUGAAUUCAACAUUAAUAGCCGACAAUAACCGCCGCAAUGAGUUACACGCCAGAUGCUAGCGUGAUGAGUUCUAUGCUCAUUACGUUUUCUAUCGCGACAAUUCUCUUAGUCUGUCGUCUGGUAUCUCGAAAGAUCACAGAUGUGCCACUGUGGUGGGAUGAUUGUUUUGCUGUGAUUUCCUGGGUCGCUGCUGCUCUCUACUUCAGUUUUACGAUAUACUGGGCCACUAUCAUGGGUCUAGGUCAUCUGAAGAAGGAUGUUCCUCUACCAGCCGAGAGAGUCGAGGAGUAUGCUCGGUUCGGGCUUUUUAUGGCCGAGUUCCUAUACGCAAUGUCGCUGGGAUUCUCCAAGCUGGCUAUCCUCGGCUUCUACUGGCGCCUGUUCAGUGUCUCCAAUAUCCGACUGGGGAUCUACGUCCUCCAGGGAAGCACUGUAAUCUGGCUCACUAUCCGAACAUUUAUGACCAUCUUCCACUGUAUACCAGUCUCGGCCUACUGGAACCACAACAUCAAGGACGCUGUGUGCAGAGUCAAUCCCGCUAAGUUUAUGUUUGGCACAACACUGGUUCAUCUAAUGCUUGAAGUUGCUGUCCUAUCGCUGCCUGUAUUUCAGGUCAAGAACCUCAAGCUUCGCCUAUGUCAAAAGAUUGCUGUCGUUGCCAUGUUUAUGUUUGGUAUUUUUGUUUGUGCGGCGUCGAUUAUAGUACUUGUCGAGGCAAUUAAUCUACAUCCCCACACGACUGAAAUGGCGAGGGAUAUUAGAGGAGUCAUUAUCUGGGCAGGCACAGAAGCUUAUUUGGCUAUCAUCUCUUCUUGUCUCCCGAUAAUACGACCUAUAUUCCGCAAGCUCAUACCUGGCUCGAGACAUAGCUGCAAAUCCAACUCAACUGGUCCUAAUCAUAUUAGUGGCUUGACCAGCAGCAAGGGCAUCAAGCUUGCCAGCAUUACUCGGGCAAAAGAGGUCGACGACAAUAGUUCACAGCAACAGCUGGCCGAGCUUGAGGACGGGUCAUCUGGCGACAUGGACUUUAAUUGCUACCCGGAGCGCGGCGGCAAUAAUAAUACUAUUAUUACUAGCUGCGCUGAUGAGGUGCCCAACCGCAACACUAACACCUCAAGGAUGUAUGGCAUCCAAGUUGAGAAUGAGACUAGAGUAUAUUAUGAAUCUACCUAAAAGAAAGAGAGGGCAGGUAAGCUAUUAGGGUGAAGGGGUAUAAGAGGGUAUAUUUGGCUUCUAUUGGUAUUUAGUCCUUACUAUUUAUAUAAAAGGGACUAGGGGAUGAGGCUCUUAUCCCUUUAGUUGUGCUAAGGGACAGAUUAUAUAGCAGACUGGGAUUUUAACUAAUGAGGCCUGGCUAAAAAGCUAAUACUGC